AUGAAUUAAAACUCUUCAAGAGAAUAUGGAAACUUACAAAGUUCAUAUUCCUCUAGAAUCUAAUCCCAUUCAACCUUAAGAGCAAAUUCUAAAUUAAAUCAACAAAUUCCAUUAAAUGAAUUUAUUAUGCAAUAUCCUUGUUAACCUAAAGACUCAAUUACCUAUGAUUUAAAUGGAUUUGAACUUGAUUUAAAGGAACCUUAAAUCUUUGAUUCUUAUUCCAAUAGAAGUAAAUAGUAAAAUUCUUAGUAAAUGAUUAUUUUGGCAGUAUGUUAUUCAAAUUUAUAUAGGAAAGAAGAAAAAUUACAUCUCCAUCAAUAAAAAAAAGAAAGAAAAAAAUGAAAAUGGAAUAAAUUAUUUAAAAAUUCGUUGAGAAAAUUAAGAUUAGUAAUAAUUUAUUCAUCAAGUAACCUUAUGUUAAUACUCUUCUGUAAACAUAUUCAAACCCAUUAAAUAAAGAAAAGGAUAACAAUUAAAGCUUUAUAAAUAAAUUUAAAUAAUCAAUUAAGUUACCUAUUCCAAGGUAAUCUAAAUUUAGAUUGUUUUAGAAAUUGAUUAUGUAAAUCACUUUUUUAACUACUAUUAUAUUUUCUCCCUUGAUAUUAAUAUAUCCAAGCAAUAAUAUAAUUUAAGGCUUAUUAUUUGUUUAAUUAACAUUAAUAGUUUUUAACUCGAUUAUAAAUUUAAAUACAUGUUAUUAUAAAAAUGGAGUAGAAAUAACACAAAUAGCAUCAAUUCAAUUGAAUUAUAUAAAAAGAUAUGGUUUGUAAGACUUAUUGUUAUAUUUAUCAUUUAUCUUUAUAUUAUAAUUUUGUGAAACGAAUUCAUAAAUUUCAAUUAUUGCUUUGAUUUUAUUAAAUCUUUUAAUUGUGAAUUUGAUAAAAUUAAAUACUUUGAUAUCUCUAAAAUAUGGAAUUAUAUUUGGUUAGCAAUUUAUUAAAGCAUUAUUUUAUUGUCAUAUAUUUGCGUUAAUUUCUAUUUCUUAGAAAUUUGAAAUUGGUUUUGAUUCAAUAAGCGUUUAAAGUAAGACUUAUUUAAGUUAUCUACAUACAUAUAUAAAUAAUUAUUUGACUAUAUCAAGUACAUUAGAAUAAGAAACAAACUUUGAAUUAUUAUUAGCAUUGUUAGUUUAACUAAUUUUUACAAUAAAUAGAAUUAGAUUAAUUUUAGAUAUCUUAUUCUUUUUUAAUUAGAAUAUUCAUAUGUACAUUUAGAAAAAAAACUAUUUUGAUUUGAAAGCUUAUCUUCGUAAUCAUUAAGUAGAAUAAAAUUUAAUGAAGAAAGCUCUAAGUAAUUACAAAUUUGAGAUGAAAAAAGAUUUUUAGUAAUAAAAUUUUAUGAUGGAUUCAAAAUCUAUAAAAUAUGUAGAUUAUGAGAUAUAGAAAGCAAUUUAAAACACUGUGAAUGCAAAAUAUUUUAAGAAAAUUUUAGUAUUGUCUUAAUUUUCAUAAAAUAUAUAAGAAAAAUUAGUUGAAAAUAUGUAAUUACAAUAUUUUUAACCAAAUGAAAUAAUAUUAAAAUAAAAUUGUAGAGAUGAUGAUUCUUUGUAUCUUUUAAAAAAAGGAUAAGUAAAGGUAUGUUAUUAGAGUGGUAAUAAGAAAUAAUUUGGUAUAAAAUCUUUGGGAGAAAUGUAAACAUUUGGUGAAGUAUCUUUUUUUACUGGUUUACCUAGAACAAGUACAAUUGUAAGUUUAGGUCCAGUAGAAACAUAUAAAAUUCGUAGAAAUGAUUUUUUAGAAGCAAUAAAAAAUAAUAGACAAGAUUUGGUAAAUUUAUGAAUUAAGAUAGGAAAUAGCAUCUUUUAUGAAAGAUUAGAUUCUAUAUAAUGAUUAAUAUGGUUUAAUAGGACUUAAGUGUUUUUGUUGUAAAUCAAAAGAGCAUUUAAUAUUUUAAUGUGAUAAACUUCAUUAUAAACCAGAUAAAGAAAAGAUAAUAAGUUAAUAUUAAUAUGAUCAUCAUUAAAAAAGAAGAAAAUGUAAUAAUAAAAUUGUUAUAUGAAUAGAUAAAAGAAAUCAUAAAAGAACCAAAAAUAGUAGAGAAUAUCUAUUUUAAAUAGGAAUGGCUGGAGAAGAGUAUUAGGAAAAUAAUUUUUUAGCAGAUUAAUCAGAAAUAUUAAAAGAAUUAACAUAGAAUAAUAAUUAUUAAUCAUCUACUAAUAUUUAAUAAAAUUAAUCAUAACUAAUGGCAUUUUUUCCAAGUAGAGAGAGAGUGAAAUCAGUAGAUAAAAAUAGUAUAAUGUUGAUAAGUGAAUUAGAUGAUGUUAGAGAAUAAUUUUAAGAAUUAGAUCCGAUGAUUCAUAGGAAAGAAAAAGCUUUAUUAUCUUAACAUAAUAAUUUUCCAAUUAAAGAAGUUAUACAGGAACUUGAUGGAGAAGAUUAGAGUUCGCAUUCUGAAGAUACUAUACCAUAAGAAAUGGGUUUUACUCUAUUACAAUAACCUUAAGAAAAACUAAAAUAAAAUAAUAAUUUAAUUACUAUUUCUGCCGAUAAGGAUAAGCUUUAAGAUAUGUUAAUAAUUAAUUCUAUUAAUUAACCUUAAUAAAUUAAUAAUAGUUGUUGUUUACUACCUAAUUCUCAAGAAAUGAAAAACUCUAGAUAAAGCAGAAAAUCUUAAACUUCAACUUUGCUUCAUAGUUAAUAGAAUGAAGUUAAUAGGAAACUUGAAAAUUUGAAAUCCUCAGGAAAAACAAGUUAUUAUGAUGAUUUUGAUAUUAAUCCAUUAGAUCGAUCAUCUCCACUUAUGAAAAAGAAAAACAAAAGUCCAUAAUAAAAUAAAAUUAUGGUUGAUGAUAGUCCUUAGAUAUUUAUAGACCUAGAUAAUUCUGUAAUUAAGAAUUUAUAAUUUAGAGUCAUUUCUUUUGUUUAGAUGAUCAAGAAGAAUUAGAUAAAGCAUAAAAUUAUUUAUAUUAUUAUCCCUAUUAUAAUCCUGAAUAUAUUAUUAGUUCGUAAUUUAUUUCUAAUAAUACUAGAUAUAAUAAUUUUAAAAUACAUAGAAUUUAGAAUUGUUUUAAAAAAAGUCGUUAUACUGUUAGCUAUGUCAUUAGUGAUAAAAUUAAGUAAAAAGCAAUUAUUUAAUGA